UUAAAUCAGACAGAUAAAAAAAAAUUCAGUAAAUUUCAAUUCUAUUGGUUUCAAGUUCUAGUUUACUUAUUCAAAUUAUUAGAAUUCAAUUGAAUCAUUCACGUUAUAUUGUGUUGACAAAGCAUAUAUCUAUGUGUUGCAAUAAAUAGUGUUAAAGUUUAGUUAAAGUUUGUAAUCCCAACGGACCGGAACACCAUUCAUGUAAAAAUUUUUUGAAAAAUUUCUAAAAUAACAAAGAAAAAGAAAAAAAUAAUAAUAAAAUAUUUCAUGCAAUAACACACAUAUAUAUAUUUAGAAUUAUUUUAACCAUCAAAAAGAAAUAAAGCAUUUUCCAAGCUUUAUAUAAAUUUAAAAGGAAACAAUUGAAAAAAAAAAAUAAACUAUGAAAAAUUUUAAUAUAAAUAUUAAAAAAAUAUUUAAAUUAAUUAAUUUAUUAAUAUUUUUAUUAUUUAUAACAAUAAUUAUUGAAAAAAAUGAAAUUUACUGUAAAAAAAUUCAAAUAGAAGAUUAUUGUUUAGGACCGAUAUGUGAAUAUUUAUUUUGGAAACCAGAUCAAGAUGAAGUAAAUAUCGAUAAAAUAUUUGAUUCAAAGAAAUUAUUAUAUUUUAAAAAUUCAAUAAUACCAAAAAUUCCAAUUGAAUUAUUUAACGUAUAUCCAGAUUUAAAACAAUUAUCAAUAUCGAAUGCAUAUGUUGAAGAAUUACCAGAUAAUUUAACAUCAAAUAAUUUGGAAUUUUUAUAUUUAUCAAAUAAUAAAUUAAAAUCAAUUGAAAAUAAUGUAUUUAAAUCAUUACCAAAUCUCAAAUAUUUGUGGUUAAGUAAUAAUCAAAUUGAAAAAAUUAAUGAAUUUGCGUUUGAUGACAUGGAUAAUUUGUUAUUCCUCGAACUUUCGAAUAAUGAAAUAACUGAAUUAUCCGAUUUACUAUUCCAAAAUAUUCCAAAAUUAACAUCAUUAUUUCUAUCAAAAAAUAAAAUAACAACUUUGCAAGAAGGUCUAUUUGAUAAUAAUACAAACCUUUAUCAAUUAAAUAUAGAUAAUAAUAAUAUAUUAACAAUCGAUGAAAAUAUAUUUAAAGAAGUAAAGAACCUGAAUGUGUUGGACAUAUCAUUUAAUCCAAUAAAAACGCUUAAUUUGAUAAGUGUGAACAUAGAAAAAUUUAUUUCAGAUUCAUCUAGUUUAGUUAAAUUAAAUGUCGUCGGUAUCAUAAAACAAUUGCAUUUUAUAAAAACUCCAAUAAAAAAAAUUAAAUUAAAUGAACCUGCAACUUUACAAACAUUAACAUUAAAUGAAUGCUUUUUGAAAGAUUUAAAAAUGAUUGGAAGAUUUAUUAAUUUAAAAGUACUUAAUCUUUCUUCAAACCCAUCAAUAACAUUAGAUAAGGAUUCAUUUAAACAAUUCAAAUAUUUAGAAGGUCUUUCACUUCAAUACUGUAAUUUAAAUCAAUUGGAAACUGGGAUAUUUGACAAUCUUGCAGAUUUAAAAUAUUUGGAUAUAUCACAUAAUCUAAUUGAAGAAAUAAAUUUGAAUACCAUAAGACCGAUGAGAAAUUUAAACAAUAUUUCAAUAUCUGGAAAUUCAUGGAAUUGUUGUUCUCUAAAAUCACUAAUUCAAUACUGUCAAUUACGCUCAAUCACUUAUAAGGAAGAGCCAAGAAUUGAGCAACCUCAAGGUGUACAUUUUGCUGGGAUCAAUUGUAUUGUUUAACAACAAGAGAGUAAAUCAUGUAUUGCAUACAUUUGUGUACAUAAAAUAUAGUAAAAUUAUAAUUUUUUCAUAACUCUUAAUUUGAUAUAAUUUAUAUAAAAACAAUAAAUUUUGUGUGCUCAUUCUCACCAUAAUUAUUUUUAUUAAUUGCACGCAAAUUAAAGUUC